AUGGUCCAGUUUAAUAACCCUGUGCUGCGGGUUCCCAGUGUGGGGUCAAGAAUCCGCAGGCAGCCAAGUGGUCAAAAGCCAUCCACGGACCCCCCACAAACCCACAAACCACGGACUCCCCACGGACCACCCCCACAAACCACGGACUCCCCACAAACCACGGACUCCCCCACAAACCCCACCCCACAAACCACGGACUCCCCCACAAACCACGGACUCCCCCACAAACCACGGACCCCCACAAACCCGGACCCCCACAAACCACGGACUCCCCACAAACCACGGACACCCCCACAAACCACGGACUCCCCACAAACCACGGACCCCCACAAACCAAACCACGGACCCCCACAAACCACGGACGGACCCCCCACAAACCACGGACCCCCACAAACCACGGACCCCCACAAACGGACUCCCCCACAAACCACCCCCACAAACCACAGACCCCCACCCCAGAUAAACCAUGGACCCACACAAACCACGGACCCCCACAAACCACGGACCCCCCCACAAACCACGGACCCCCACAAACCACAGACCCCCCACAAACCACGGAACCCCCACAAACCACGGACCCCCCCACAAACCACGGACUCCUCCACAAACCACGGACCCCCACAAACCACGGACCCCCCACAAACCAUGCCAAUCCCACCUCAACAACGACUGUACAGUAGAAAUUAG